CGUUCAGGAAAGCAUGCGUCAGCCUGGCAGCAGGAGAACGUCUGCCUGCACCGAGGCCUGGCUGUCUCCGGUUUGUUUGUUAAACUUGUGCUGCGGAGGGUUAGCAGGGUACUAAAAAUACUUCCGCUUUGGGGCUGCCCAAAACUUAAUGUUGGCUGUAGCCAACAUUAACAUGGAAUGUGUUGUGUGGAACACGUGUGCAUCAGCAUACACGGGAGUCUUGUGAGAGGUUUGUGUCUAAUCAUCAGAACGUCAUUCGUGCAGCUUCCAAGACACCCGUUAGGGAUGUUGGUUUCACAUCUUCGAUGUGGUUUCAUUUCAGUUUGUAGCUGUUUUUACACGUGCGGAGCUAGGAUGUCCUGCUCAGAAGCAUCUCCUAAAGAGGUUGGCCUAGAGUUGGGAGGGCAGUGGUGCUGCUGGGUCUGACUGCUGGUGAUGUGGUUCAAGGUUGCACGCGGUGAUAAAGGGUAACAUGCACCCUGACCUAAUCUGACGUGGCUCUGGGAGUCUGCGGGCACUCUUCCUCCCAUUUUCAGUAUGAGGGACUGAUCACCAUAUGUAUGCUUAAAAUAUUUCUAGCCUGGUAGACAAAAAGAAAGAUGAGAUCAAAUUAAAAUAGCCAUUAUCUAACACAUAACUGCGGAAGUUUUAGCGGGAGGAAGUAAUUUGUUUGAAGUAUUAUCAUCUGAAAGUGUAAACCAGUAUUUAAUUAACACAGUACUUCUUAAGCGAGGUUCUAAUGAAAAUACGAAUGUAAGGGCUCACAGUAGAACAAAUACUAUCUAUUAAUUUGUGGCUGAAUUUAUAGAAUUCAGCUUAAUUUGUCAUAAGAAUAAAUUGCUGAAGAUCCAAGUUGUAUUUGGUCUGCUUAAGGUGGUUGGCAUUGUUGUUUUGCAAGGGUAAAUGAGAAAAGCCAUUUCUGAUGAGCUCAGUUAUGGCAGCUGUCAUUGCUUUUUGCCACUCUUCUUUCAUUCUCAAAGGUAAAUCGUGACUGACAGAGUGAUCCUAGAAAAAAAAAACAAACAUCACCAUGCCAGUUAUAGUUUCACAGAGCCCUAAUGGAUUGCAAGUGGAAACUAGAAAUAUCUUUUACCAUUGACAGCUUGGGAUGGAUUUCUGAUAGUCCUAACAUGACUAUUAUGCAAAAUGAACUGUAUUUCAAGAAUCUUUCAAAACAGAAACAGAAAGAAGACAUGGAGAAGAAUGGAAACAACCACAAACUUCGUGUUUGUGUUGCUACUUGCAACCGUGCUGAUUAUUCAAAAUUAGCUCCCAUUAUGUUUGGUAUUAAGGCAGAACCACAGUUCUUUGAGCUUGAUGUCGUAGUGCUUGGUUCCCACUUGAUUGAUGAUUAUGGGAACACUUAUCGCAUGAUCGAACAAGAUGACUUCGAUAUUCAUACAAGAUUGCACACUAUUGUGAGAGGGGAGGAUGAGGCAGCCAUGGUGGAAUCAGUGGGCCUCGCAUUAGUGAAGUUACCAGAUGUCCUGAACCGCCUGAAACCUGACAUAAUGAUAGUUCAUGGUGACAGAUUUGAUGCUUUGGCACUAGCCACAUCUGCAGCCCUGAUGAAUAUUCGCAUUCUUCACAUUGAAGGUGGGGAAGUCAGUGGGACCAUUGACGACUCUAUUAGACAUGCCAUAACCAAACUGGCCCAUUACCACGUGUGCUGCACAAGGAGUGCAGAGCAGCAUUUGAUAGCCAUGUGUGAAGACCACGAUCGCAUCCUUUUAGCAGGCUGUCCUUCAUAUGACAAGCUUCUCUCUGCCAAAAAUAAGGACUACAUGAGUGUUAUACGCGUGUGGCUGGGUGAAGAUGUUAAACCCAAAGAUUAUAUAGUUGCUCUGCAACAUCCUGUAACCACGGAUAUUAAACAUUCCAUAAAGAUGUUCGAACUGACACUAGAUGCACUCAUUUCAUUUAACAAGAGAACGCUUGUUCUAUUCCCCAAUGUAGAUGCAGGAAGCAAAGAGAUGGUUCGGGUGAUGAGGAAGAAGGGCAUUGAACAUCAUCCCAAUUUUCGGGCAGUGAAGCAUGUCCCAUUUGACCAGUUCAUUCAGCUAGUUGCCCAUGCUGGUUGUAUGAUUGGUAACAGCAGUUGUGGUGUCAGAGAAGUGGGAGCAUUUGGCACACCUGUCAUCAACUUGGGGACACGUCAGACAGGAAGAGAAACAGGUGAAAAUGUUCUUCAUGUUCGUGACGCUGACACACAGGAUAAAAUUCUGCAUGCGCUACAGCUCCAGUUUGGUAAGCAGUAUCCAUGCUCAAAAAUAUAUGGUGAUGGUAAUGCUGUUCCAAGGAUUUUGAAGUUCCUUAAAUCUAUUGACCUCAAAGAGCCAUUGCAAAAGAAAUUCUGUUUUCCUCCUGUCAAAGAUAAUAUUUCUCAAGAUAUAGACCAUAUUCUAGAGACUCAGAGUGCUUUGGCUGUGGACCUAGGCGGAACAAAUCUCCGAGUAGCAAUUGUCAGUAUGAAGGGUGAAAUAGUUAAGAAGUAUACCCAGCUCAACCCUAAAACUUACGAAGACAGACUAGAUUUAAUUCUAAAGAUGUGUGUAGAAGCUGCAUCGGAGGCAGUAAAUCUGAACUGCAGAAUUUUGGGAGUAGGUAUUUCCACAGGUGGACGGGUAAACCCUCGAGAAGGAAUUGUACUUCACUCCACAAAACUCAUUCAGGAGUGGAGCUCUGUAGAUCUCAGAACCCCAGUAUCUGAUGCUCUACACUUGCCAGUCUGGGUGGACAAUGAUGGAAACUGUGCUGCUCUGGCAGAAAGGAAAUUUGGUCAUGGAAAAGGAAUAGAAAAUUUUGUAACACUCAUCACUGGUACAGGAAUUGGAGGUGGAAUCAUUCAUCAACAUGAAUUGAUCCACGGCAGUUCUUUCUGUGCUGCUGAGCUUGGGCAUAUUGUAGUGUCUUUAGAUGGACCAGAGUGCCUGUGUGGUAGCCAAGGAUGUAUAGAAGCAUAUGCCUCUGGAAUAGCAUUACAGAGAGAAGCUAAGAAACUGCAUGACGAGGAUCUACUUGUAGUGGAAGGAAUGUCAAUGAAGAAUGAGGAGGUUGUUAGUGCUGCACAUCUCAUUCAAGCAGCUAAACUUGGAAACACAAAGGCAGAAAGCAUUCUCAGAACAGCUGGUACAGCAUUAGGACUUGGAGUUGUGAACAUUCUGCACACCAUGAACCCCUCUCUUGUGAUCCUCUCUGGAGUCCUAGCCAGCCACUAUGUUAAUGCUGUUAAAGAUGUGAUACAUCGACAGGCUUUGUCGUCUGUUAAAACUGUGGAUGUGGUGGUCUCAAAUCUAGCAGACCCUGCUCUUCUUGGAGCUGCUAGCCUGGUACUAGAUUAUACUACCCGUAGAAUAUACUAGGUGCUUGGAAGAAUUACGGAAAUGAACUGUUCAAAUACCUUAUGGGUGGAGGGAAUACUUUGCCCAAAAUCUUUCUUUGACCAGAGCAGCUACAGAAUCAGAGUAAUGAUUUUCUGAAUAGUUAGUGACUACUUCAGCAUUUCCUAAUUGGGGUAUUACCUUUUUGUAUUUUUUUUCUAAAUUUCAUCAAACUUCAUAGGAACUAUUGUGCAAUUCUGUUGAUUUUAAUCACCUCUGUUGGGAAGCCCAGAUGUUGCUUUACGUGUAGCUGAAUUAUUUAUGAGCACAUCUUGAUGUAUGGUAGGGAAUAUGUGUAUUGUGUCAAAUUAUAGCUAAUACUUGGGGAUCCAUUUCUCAUUUUUCACCUUUGUGAAAUGAGAAGUCUACAAUGUGACCAGCUUUUCUAUUUACAGGUUUCCACUCACAAAGUAAAUAUGAUACAAUCACCAACAGCAGAUGUUAGUUUCUGUAGGUGGAAACAAGGGAAUGUGCCUCCACAAACUAAGAAGGUCUGUUGAGAAGUUGUGGUUUGUGAAGGACUUGGAGGUUACAGUUACUUAUUUAAUCGCCUUUAUGGGGCAGAGUCCCAUUUUAGAAGCUUUGCAUAUGAAGGAAAAAGACAGUGGUCUUGUGAGCUUGCAGACUGCCAGUGCAGUCCAAACAAACUGACAAGUGUAGCAGUGAGCACCUUUGUGUUCUGGCUACAGCCCGCAGUAAAUUAUUUUAAUUUUAUUAUUGAGGUUGAAUUUCAUUUUGUUGGGUAUUUUCAAGGGACUUACUCUACCACUUUGUCUCCCAGAUUAGCAGAGAGGGGACUUUAUUCUUUGGUGGCCAGUUUUCUGACAGCCAGUGAUGUGGUACAUCUGAGCAUAAAGACUGCCUUUUGAGAAAUCUCAUUCACUGCAGAGUGAAAUAGUGCAUCUCCUCAGCAGUGCUGGGGCUGGGUAACAUGUCAGUGUCCUGCGUUCACCAUCAGCUCACAGGAUGGAAAGUCAAAUCUGAGCCUCAUCCUCACAUUCAAGGUACUAACUGGCCUCGGAGCAAAUAAUGUUAAAGGCUUGCCUCCUUAAAAUGUAGUUUAUGUGACACUGUGGAAGUUUCUACUGGAAACAUUCAGAGAGAGAGAGGGCUUUUCUGGGACCUGGGUAGAGGCUGAAGAUCACACAGUGUAGUCCUCUUGCACGUUUAUGGAAGGCAGGUUUCUUUAACUGGACCUUUUUGAUACGUAGUUCUGUCUUUAUUGAUCUGCUUUUUAGCGCACUUUCGAGAUAUUGUAGUACUGACAAUUACUUGACAGAAGAAGAAACUGAAAAACAGGAGAAUCUAAGUGGUCAGCUAUCCCACAAAGAAGACAGCUGUCAGAGAAACAAUCUUGUAUCCUGGCCUUUAAUGACCUAAACUGUCUGUACCAUAGUCUUUCUCAGAACCAGCAAGAAUAUACUGGCUCUUAACCCUUUGCUAAGUUGUGUCAGGCUUUAUGUGUUCCUUAUCCUUCAGUGUCUGGAUUUACUUGGUGAAUCCCAGUAACUUCAAUACCAGAGCAGUAGCUCUACAAGCAGGUCAAGGAGAAGUCUGUUUUGCACUACAGUGACAGCUGCUCAGGGUGGGGGUAACAGUAUUGAGGCUCUAACAGAGAGAGUACCUAUUGUUUGACCUUUCCAUCCUCCCACCAACACGAGGAAUGUCUGAUUAAACGUGGGACCAGGUUUUGCUUUCCAGACCUCCCAGUGCUAUUUCCCUUUAGACAUCUCAGACUACAGAUAAAAUUUUUCCUUAGCAGCUGAAGGGAGAUGGCAGGCAGUGACAAAUAUGAAAGAUAUUUAAACAUUUCAAAACAUUUGAUAAAAUAAAUCUUAAGUCUAUUCUUUUUAAGAAAAUGGUUCUUAAAAUGUUUUGGAAGUUGUUUUUUUCUGGCAGCUGGACAAGAACCUGCUGCAAAGGGGCAAGUGGUGCCAAAGUCCUUGGUUUUCCUGAGACAUUUGUCAGUUUAUAAAAUUAAAAAGAUGUUCAUAUUUAGAAGUGUA